UUGGAAUUUAGGUUGAGGAGCAGACUCGAGAGGUUCUCCAUGGAGACUCCUAAUUCUGGCAGCUGGUCGGAGCUCCCUAUGGAUAUCUUAAGAUUUCUUUUGGAACGUCUAAGUUUUGUAGACAUUCACCGCGCUAAGAUGGUGUGUCGUAAUUGGUAUUUGUGCUCGAAACAAACGGUGCGGAAAAGAAGUGAAUCUCCAUUGGUAAUGCUGUCUUCAGAAGAUGACUGUGCGUUGUUCAACCCGGAAGAAGAUAGGGUUUACAAGACAAAGAGAGACUUUUCAGGGACUCGAUUCCUGGCAAACUCAGGUAACUGGUUCCUGGCCCUAGAUUCUGGAUCGAAUCUCUACAUUGAACAUGCGUUUCGCGAGAAGAAGAGGAUCAAUCUUCCACCUCUAGAGUCAAUUAAGUCUGAACUUUUUAGUCUUAAGCGAGUAGGAGAGAAGGAAUUUAACGAGAGAAGAGUUGGUUGUUUCCUAGAGAAAGGGUUUAGCCAAAUGGUGAAAGAUCUGAGAGGCCUUUUGUGGGUGGACGAGGGGAAGGAAGAAUACACUGUCGCUUGGUUUUUUGUCAAGGGUGCUGAAUAUAUAGCGUUUUGCAAGAAAGGGGAAGAUUAUUACCGUACCGUUCCAACUCGGAAGGGUGUUCACUUUAUGUCUCAAGGCAUAUCUGAUAUGGUGCUCCGGGGUGACUUUCUUUACGUCUACACCACUCGUCGAUACGUUCGACUCCUUGAUUUGUCUGGACAGGAAGGUUUCAGGGAAGUGACCAAGAGGAGUUUUAUAUUACCAUUUCUCCCGGCUUCUCCUCAGAAUUGGGACGAAAUCACAUAUGCAGAUAGGUUAAAGGUUAGCUAUAACAUUGCUGUGACAAGAUCAGGAGAUGUUUUGUUGGUUGAGAGCAUCCUUUUUAAGGCAUCCAGAUCUGAAAUAUUGCCUAGGAGAAUGUUCCACCUCUACAAGACAGAUCCUAAUCCAGAUUCAGACGAUAUUCUUUACGGAGAGAACCUGUCGUUUGAGGUACAUUCUCUGGGUGAUGAGGCCCUACUCCUCGAUUCUGGUAUCACAGUGCCUGCUGACCCAACCCUUGGCAUCGAACCAAACUCCAUCUACUUCACCCGUCAUGACCGUGUCCGUAACUUUGUUCAGGAGCCUUCUUGCCCGGACAUAUGUGUUUUCAAUCUGGCGACAAAGAAACUCACACGUUUCCCCAACCUCUCCUGCUUCUUCAAGCCCAAGGAUGCUUUAUGGUUUCUCCCUUCUUAAUUUGCUUCGCUGUCUGAUCUACCUUGCAGCAAAUGAAGACCCUCCAACGCUUCCCCAUGGUUUCUCACUGGCUCUUUAUUUGUUUCUUUCUUUUUAUUUUGAUAAAUGUAAAACAUCACAAAUAUGAUCAAUCCUAGACCUAGCAGGAUGAGUUAAACGAGUAUGUCUUAAGUCUAAAGUAACAA